CCAUUUUGAUUGCAGUGUAGUUUGCUUUGUAGCUCGCAAGUUGAAGUGUUGUCACUUUACCAGCUCAACCAAAUUUCUGUUUGCAAAUUCUUGUAGCAGAUAUUGCAAAGGAAGCCUUCAUUAACGAAGAGUUUAGUUCUGGUAGAAUAUAAAUUUGAAAAGGCAACUUUUAGCUGCACAGUGGGAAAUUCACCGAGUCAGCAAAAUGGGUUUUGAAACUUGUGGUCCAAAUGAAGCAAUGGUUGUGUCAGGUGCGUGUCAUGGAAAACCAUCACUUAUCUCUGGUGGAAGAACGUUUGUGUGGCCAGGAAUCCAGAGAGUCCAAAAAAUCAAUCUCAAUGUGAUGACUCUAAAUGUUGAAUCAGUCAAGGUCUAUACAGUCCAAGGUGUACCCAUUUCUGUGACUGGAAUUGCCCAAGUGAAGAUACAGGGUCAAAAUAUGGAAAUGCUUCAUGCUGCUUGUGAGCAGUUUCUUGGCAAGAGCACAAGGGAAGUUCACCAAAUUGCACUUGAAACUCUUGAAGGUCACCAGAGAGCCAUUAUGGGAACAAUGACAGUCGAGGAAAUUUAUCAAGACAGAAAGAAGUUUUCCAAAUCAGUUUUUGAGGUGGCUUCAUCAGACCUGGUAAACAUGGGGAUCAGUGUUAUCAGCUACACACUGAAAGACAUCAGAGAUGAAGAGGGGUACCUGUUGGCACUUGGAAUGAAAAGAACUGCAGAGGUUCAGACAGAGGCAAGAAUUGGAAAAGCCAAGGCAAAGAUGGAGUCAGGAAUCAAAGAAGCUUCCGCAGAAGAACAAGAGAUGAAAGCCAAGCUUGCUAAUGACACUGAGAUUGCAAAAUCGCAGAGGGACUAUGCACUGAAGAAGGCUGGCUACGACAUGGAAGUCAACACGAAGAAAGCCAAAUCUGACUUGGCCUAUGAGCUGCAGGCAGCUAUCACAAAACAGAAAAUCAAGGAGGAACAGAUGCAGAUCAAAGUCAUAGAAAGAACACAACAGAUUGAGCUGCAGGAGCAAGAGAUUGCCAGGAGAGAGAAGGAAUUGGAGGCAACAAUCAGAAGACCGGCCGAGGCAGAGAAAUACAGGACGGAAAAACUGGCCCAGGCUAAUUGCAACCGGGUCAUUUUGGAAGCAGAGGCGGAAGCUGAAUCAAUCAGGAUGAAAGGAGAAGCACAAGCAUUUGCUAUUGAAGCUAAGGCUAAAGCAGAAGCCGAGCAGAUGGCAAAGAAGGCCGAUGCCUGGAAAGAAUACCAAGAAGCCGCCAUGAUUGACAUGAUGCUGGAAACACUACCCAAGGUUGCUGCCGAGAUAGCAGCUCCUCUGGCAUCUUGUAAGAAAGUGACAAUGGUUUCCAGUGGUAAUGGUGCUGUUGGUGCUUCCAAAAUCACUGGGGAAUUGCUUGAUAUUGUCUGUAGGCUGCCGAAGGCAAUGGAAGAAAUGACUGGCAUUGACAUAACCAAGAGCCUCCGUGCCCGCUAAAACCCAAAUUGGAACUUUUAAAAAACUUAAUAAUCAACUUUGAGCUUAUCUAAAUAUUAUUUUCACUAAUACCUUUUGAUGUAAUAUACCUUCGGAUAUUCAUGCGUGCAAUUUUAUAACACCAUCCACUAUGUAAGGCAAUGGCCUAUCAAUGUAAUUUUGUCGUUUUUUAUAUAAUCAAAUAAGCCAGGCGCUCCAGCAUAUUUACAAUUGAUACUAACUCGCUGAUUUAUAAUCACAAUUGCCUUACCCAAUCUGAGAUUGUAGCUCGGCUGUUUAUCUUUAUGAAUCAACAACAAUUCAACUAUUUCAUAUGCUUUGCCUAGUCUAUUUGCCCCGUCCUUUUGUUAGCACCAUCCAUUAUACAAUUUAUGCUUUAGUUUAAGAUAUGCGCGGGGAAAAUCUUGAAUUUAAAGCCCUGGAUAUUUCACUCGCCCCUUGAAACCAGCAAAGGAUUGUCUUUGAAAUCUCGCAUUGUCAUAUGUCUCAACGAGAUGAUCGGACCCCCAUACCUAACACUCAUUUUCAAUCUGCCUGGCCGUUCGUUGAUUUCAAUUAAAGUCCUACGGCGAUCUUUUUAACAUUAUUUCCUUUGCAUAACACUGUCUCUAAUAAUAACAUCAUAUUGAUAAUUUCACGCUAUUGCCAUACGAUUUUCUCUUCAAUGUAUACAUGGGUUGAAGAUUUUAGCUGGUUAUAUUUCGUUGGCGCCUAGAUAUAGAUCUUUGUGAACUAACGGUCUAAUUCCCCCAAGCUAUUGAUGUACAAAAGAAUCAUGGGAGAUUGUAUAUAUUAGGCCAUCGUUGAAGACAAAGUAUUUCAGUUGUCUUUAGAUUGUUUCCGAGUUGCACCUGGGUUUAAAUUUCACACAAAAGUAAGAUAUAGCGUUUUCGUUCACAAUGCAGUUCCCUUUGUUAAGGUACUUUUCAUUUAAACUAUCUAUCAUUCCAAUUCAUGUAUUGAAGUUAAAUCUUGUUUGCAUAUAUAAGCAUAUAAAAAUGUA